AUGGAGAGCGGAGAAGGCGCAGCCACUGGGGCCGAGGGUGGCUGGUUGGAGGAGUCCCUGCUGGACUGCGCCUUCGCUGCCUGUGACGCGGAGCAGACAGGUGCGGUGCCAGCCUGGCGCAUUGUGGAGUACCUGCAGGCAGUGACGGGGCGUAGCGGCGAGGAGCAGCAGCUGCAGGAGCUCAGGCAGAUGCUGGAGCUGACGGCGGCGGGGGUGGCCCUGGAUCUGCCCACCUUCCGUGCUGUCAUGCGCGAGUGGAUCGCCCACUGUCAGCGGGACGGGGCCUUGCAGCCUGCUGAGGAGCUGGAUGUAACAGCUGGACCUCACGUGCUCACAGCCACAUUGGAUCUUGAGGGCUAUGGUGGUGAAAGAGAGAGCGUGACCUUGGACACCAGGAGCGUCCAGGAGGAGCUGGAGCGCUCCAAGCAGCACUUGGCCAACCAGAACGCCACGCUGCGCUCUGCACUGGAGUCAGCUGAGGAGCUGAAUGCCCAGCUGGCUGAGGAGGUGGCAGGGCUGACGGCGCAGCUCCACCGUGCCCAGCAGGCAUUGGAGCAUGGCUGGGCAACCAGCCAAAAGCUGGAGGACCUGGAGGAUGAGGUGAGGAGGCUCCAGGAGGAGAACAGAGGCCUGAUAGAACAAAAUCAGCGCCUGGAAAGGGAGCAGCAUGGCCUUCUGGAGGAAGUCACCGGCCUUCAGGAGACGGUGAGGAUGGGCACGAAGAACCAGGGUGCCCCGCAACACUGUGCCCCCACAACAAUGGAACACCAGCAGCUCUUAGUCCAAUUUCACUGGGUAUCAACCCACUUUCCUCUGAAGCAGAACUCAGUGCUGCUCUCUGAGGCCAAGGGAAGGAAGGAGAAUCUGCAGGCACUGGAGGCAAAGAAUGAUGCCAUCCUGCAGGAGCUACAGAUGGAGAUCAGCAGCCUCCACAAACUGCUGAGGCAGAGACUGGAGGCUUUGGCCAUGUAGGUGCUGUGGGUACUUGGGGGGACACAGGGCUCUCACUGGCUGAAAAUGCCCGUAGAACUCCCAAAUCCGCGUUUUCAUCCUUCUUCUAGCUCAGCCUCAAACACCACACAUUUGUGAGGCAGAGGUCAGGGCAGACGGUCUCCAGCUGCUUUUUGGGGCAGGAUGCUGGAAACUAGGGCUGUCAGAAUCUGAAGGAGUAGGAAGG